CAUAGGGCAAAACAGCUUUUCUUUGAGUGCUGGGGCUCCUGUGUCUUUGGAAGGGCCUGGCAUCUGGAUUUAAUGCAACCAUGGUGUUGUUGUUGGUGGUGUCAGUGUCUUGGAGCUGAUGCAUAUUGAUGAGGAAGGCUGAGCCCACAGAUUGUUCAAGCUCUCUGCAGAGAAGGGGGGGGGGGGCAGCAGAGCACUGUGUUUCCUUUCCCGUAAAGGCAGGCAGGCAGGCAGGCAGGCAGCUGGUGGUGCUGCUGCUGGCUGCUUCCCAUCACAAAUCUGGGAUUUUGUUCCCUUGUUUUCUCCUUUUCCUCUUUCCAUCAGUGGGUUUAUUGGAUGGGAUGUUGAGCUAAGACCAGGGUUACUGCCAGCGACACUCAGAAGUCAUCCUUCUUCUCCCAGCCAACCCAAGAUGGAGGCCCCUCUGGUCAGCCUGGAUGAAGAGUUUGAAGACCUGAGGCCAUGCUACAUAGAAGAGAGGGAAGAGAAAUCAUGUUAUUUUUAUGGGUCCUCUCCUCAGCAUUUGGAAGACCCUUCCCUUUCUGAGCUUGAGAAUUUCUCCUCUGAAAUCAUCAGCUUCAAGUCCAUGGAAGACUUGGUGAAUGAAUUUGAUGAGAAGCUCAAUGUCUGCUUUCGGAAUUACAAUGCCAAAACGGAGAACUUGGCCCCUGUGAAAAACCAUCUCCAGAUACAAGAAGAGGAGGAAAAUUUGCAAGAUGAGGAGGUUUGGGAUGCUCUUACGGACAAUUACAUCCCAUCCAUCUCUGAGGACUGGAGAGAUCCUAACAUUGAGGUGCUAAACGGCAAUGUCUCCGACACAGAGAUCCGCGAGAAGGAGGAGGACGAGCUUAAUGAGAAGAGUGAAAAUGACUCUGGUAUUAACGAAGAGCCUCUACUCACAGCAGACCAGGUGAUUGAAGAAAUUGAAGAGAUGAUGCAAAAUUCGCCAGACCCAGAAGAGGAAGAAGAGAUUUUGGAUGAAGAUGAUGGAGGGGAAACCAGCAGUCAGGCUGAUUCAGUCCUUCUGCAGGAGAUGCAGGCUUUCUCACAAACCCUCAACAACAAUUGGUCCUAUGAAGGCUACCCCAUCCCUAGAGCCUGGGGCUUGGGGCACAUGUCCACCUCUGAGCUUUCAGAGCUACUGGAUCGAGUAGAGGGUGCUAUCCGGGACUACUCAGAAGAGCUGGUGCAGCAGCUGGCUCGGCGGGAUGAGCUGGAAUUUGAGAAGGAGGUGAAGAACUCCUUCAUCACAGUGUUGAUCGAAGUCCAGAACAAGCAGAAAGAGCACAGAGAGCUGAUGAAAAGGAGGCGGAAAGAGAAAGGGCUGAGUCUACAGAGCAGCCGAAUAGAAAGGGCGACCCAAAUGCCUCUCAAGCGGUUCAGUAUGGAAGGGAUCUCAAAUAUUCUACAGACUGGUAUCCGGCAGACAUUUGGGAACUCAGCAACAGAUAAGCAGUAUUUGAACACAGUUAUUCCGUAUGAGAAGAAAGGAAUACCUCCUUCAGUUGAAGACUUACAAAUGCUUACAAAUAUUCUUUUUGCAAUGAAGGAAGACAACGAAAAGGUCCCUACUUUGCUAACUGACUACAUAUUAAAAGUUCUCUGUCCUACCUAAGAUCCCUGCUCUGAGCAUCGUGAAACCAACAGGAGACAACAAGGCCAGUGUGUCAUUCCAUCACAGGGAUUGCAUGACAUAAUGUAAACUUUUGAAUUGUGUAUUUAAAGAUGUAUAGCAUUAACCUGGAUUAAACAUGAGCAGAACUCUUUCCUUCACUAUCGGUUUCUAGUCAUUGUAAACAUUUGAAUGCAUGAGUGGAGGCAAGGGCUGCUUGUUUCUCUUUCUCUUGACCACCUCCAUCUUAGAGGAAGCAGUAUGUUGCCAUACAUCAUGUAUUUUCAGCCCAUCUUCCCCUCAAGGAGUUAUGAAACUAAUUUGAAUACUGAAAUAAACUUUCAUUU